AUGUUUCGAUGGCAAAACUCUCAUCCUGAGAUCAGAAAUAUCUUGAGAGCACGUGAAGACAUACCGGCAUCUGGAAUACUAGAUGUUAAUCAACAAGAACAAGACUUGAAAGCAGUGAAUGACUGGGCUUGGUAUGCUUUCGGAAAGAAGCAGUUCCUGGAGGCGGGCAUGUCCGUACCUGCUACCGUCCCUGGAGAACUGCCACUGCCAACCAACGUCUUUUUCGAUGAGUAUGAGAACAUGUCAGAGCUUGGUGACUGGCACGGCGAUCCUCUCCCAGUAGAUUUACCAGAAGUUGUUCCAGAAUGGUUUCUCUGGAUAGUGUUUGACCAGCUUGUGGAUGCCUUCACCAUGUUGGGUUCGGGGCGCAUCAAUGAAGAGGACGAUGACGUCGACUGGAACGAGAUCGUGCAUCGCGACGGCCAUCUUGGGAACGUAUUUGUGAAACCAGCCGAUGGCGCUGUAGGUAAAGAGAUCAGCAAAGAAGACGGGCAUCAAUACCGUCAGUUUGGCGCACAUGAGGCUCCUUCUAUCGUCCUUGCAGACUUUGACCUCGCAUUCUUCGACUUACAGUCAGGAAAUGACGACUACGCCGACAAUCCUACGCAUUACAUGAUGCGAAAAGACCCUCUCGACGGUAAGGAUGCUGGGGGAAGAUACGCUCCAGAGAUGUUUUGGUGCUACGAAGGUCACUACCUAGACGAAAGACCUUUCGAAAAAAUGACCGCUAGAACAGACGUCUGGCAAGUUGGACAGAUGAUGUGGAAUCUGGUUAUGAACCUACCCGGAAAAGACGGGUUUGUUCAGGAGCCGUUCACCUACACGGUGUCUGAUGAAGGCGAAGGAAUUGAAAAGCUACUGAACGACGGCUCCGAAUAUGACAUUCAAAAAUACAAAGACGACUUGUUCUCCGGUAAGAUGCCUUUCGAGGCUUCUAAUAUGUAUAGCAAAACGCUCAAAAACACAAUCAUCGAGUGCAUGGACUACCGGCAACAUAAGAGAUCGAGCUUUGCGGAUCUGAAACGUGUAACGAGGGAGUGGGCUGGGAAAAAACUUCCACCAGGCUCGAAAUCGAAUGGCGAUCUGAUCAUCUGUGUUUCAGAGGCGAUGGAAGAGUUUGGGCUUGAAAAAACAUAUGGGAGGAGCAAGAAGCGGAGGACAUGA